AUGUAUCAGGAGAUGAUGGAGAGAGAUCUGGAACCUGCAGACAAGCAGAUGCUCUAUAACUACUACGCAAAAUACUUGAUGUUUGAUCGAAGGGUGAAACAGAGGUCGAUUCAGUACCACAUGAAGGCAGCAGAGAUGCCUUAUCAGUCCUUCUUCCAGCAGAACAGCAUCAACGCGCUGCAGAGGAUCAGCGGUCGAGGCACAACCAGAAUAUGCAGAGAAAUCCGGGAGUUUCUAGAACAGCUGCCGCGUUUGGAUUCUUUUGCUGCUCAGAGUCAGUCCAAACUGGAGUCCCUGGAGUGUCACUUCACCUGGAAUCUGGACACCAGCAGGUCCAAACUGUUCCGUCUCAGGGACGACCUGGUGGACAUCGGCACCGAGAAGGGAAACAUCUGGCUGGGUCACAUCUACAACCUGCAGGGGUUCAUCCAUUACAAGCUGGGCUUCAUUGAAGAGGCCCGGGACUUCUUCAGCAGGGCCACUGAGACCUUCCACCAGCUGGGAGAUGCAGAUGAGGGUCCCUGGUUGGUGGUGAACUACGGGAACCUGGCAUGGCUGCACCAACAUCUGGGUGAAGACAGUCAGAGCCAAGGGUACCUGUCAAAGCUGGACACCCUGAUCGAGACACACCCGCCUCCAAUCCAGGAUGAGCUCCACCCAGAGGUCUGUGCUGAGAAGGCCUGGACCCUGAUGACUUUUUACAAAGACAAGAAGCUGCAGGCUGCAGAUUACUUCCAGAGAGCCGUCAGGAUGAAGCCAGAGAUGGUGUCAUGGCAGACCAGCCGUGUGCUGGCGUUGGUGGGUGAUUAUAAACACAGUGACACAGACCAGGAUGUUGGCAUGUUGGAGGAAAUGAGAAUGGCCCGAGAGGAGGAUCCAGACAACCUGUACCUUGCUGCUGUCGACCUGCUGCUAAGAGCCAAGAGAGGAGAGCAAAUCAAAGAUGAAGCAGAUGAGCUGGAAGAAAAGAUUUUAAUAAAUCCUGUCAGCAGCUACAGCGGCAUCAGAAUCCUGAUAAGGGUGUACAAACAGCUCGACUGCUAUGAUGAGGCCAUUGACCUGGCAGAAAAGGCCCUGAAGAAGCAUCCAGAUGAGCGAUACCUGAAGAGGUGUGCUGCCCUCAGCUACACUUUGAAGAUCAGCUUUUAUAAAGAAAGUUGCCCAAGUGAAAGUAUGAUCAGCAGAGCCAUCAGUCUGCAUGAGGAGGUGGUCUCUCUUUACCCUCAUUCUUCUCUCAUGAAGGAGGUUGACCUUGCAUACAUGUAUGCAAAGUCUGGUCACGGCCUGAUGAAAGCAGAGCAGAUGUAUCAGGAAAUGAUGGAGAGAGAUCUGGACCCUGCAGACAAGCAGAUGCUCUAUAACUACUACGCAAAAUACUUAAACUUUGAUCGAAGGGAGGGUCAGAAGUCGAUUGAGUACCACAUGAAGGCAGCAGAGAUACCUUAUCAGUCCUUCUUCCGGCAGAACAGCAUCAACUCGCUGAAAAAGAUCAGAGACAAAGGCAGAAGCAGAAUGUGCAGAGAGAUCCAGGAGUUUCUAGAAAACCUGCCAGAUUCUGAGUCUGUGUGAGUUCCUGAUAACACAGGCUGCACAUCUGUGUGUUAACAGCUGGUUUAGGUUUUUAUAGAGAUAAUAUUAUAUCAGCAUCAUGGUGGAAUUUUCAUCUAACGCGAACUUGCUUUAAAACACGGUUCAAGUAGUCUUGAUUCAUAAUAUUCUAAGCUCUGGUGUUAAACACAUUACAACCAGAUUAAACUGGUUAGAACAAACUAUUCUGGAUUUAAGUU